UCUGCACCGUGGAUUCUUUCAACUCAAGAAAUUAAUAAAGCACAAAAGACUAAUUACCCCACUUUGAUGCCAACGUAACCCAAUCCCUCCUCUGGAAUUACAUUGCUCGAAGAAUGAGCUGAGUGGAAAAAAAUCAAGCACGCUGGACGCGGCCGUAACUUUAUCUGCAGGAACCUACAUAGCUAAUGCUUGGUCCAGUACAGAAGUGUUACUGCUACGUCCAAAGCAGCACCUUGCUCUUCCAAAAGACGUUGGAAAUUCCCCACACAGUUCCCCAACGUCAUGCAGCUGCUGUUCUGCAGGCUCCGGACACGCCAGUGGUGCUUCAUUCUCUUUAACAUCAUCCUCUUCCACAUUUUGCUCUUCGGGGCUGAUCUGGUGGAGGAAUACUUUCUGCGAGCGCUCCCAACUACCUACACGGACGUGAAGGUCCUGGAAGCCAGGGAGAGAGCCCGGAAGCUGGAUAUGUCCCCCCGGAAGACGGGCAUCUCCAAGGGUUAUGUGCUCACCAGCUCAGAAGCAUGUUCCAGGGAAGAGAUCUUCCUGCUCGUUCUCGUUUUCAGCAGCCCCGAGAACUCAUCGAGACGUGACACGAUUCGGGAGACGUGGGCUAACCUGACGCACAUCCGCGGUUACAGGACUCUCGUCCUGUUCGCAUUAGGGAAGCCGUCUUCAGAAGCCACCCAGCUGGAGGUCAUCAAGGAAUGGCAGAAGCACCGAGACCUCGUUGAAGGAGUUUUGCUCGACUCUCCCGAGAAUCAGACACUGAAGACCACGAUGGUGGUGGAAUGGACCAUCACCUUCUGCCCCAGGGCAAGGUUCAUUCUCAAAGCCGACGAGGAGAUGUUUGUUAACCUCCCCAGUUUGGUUGAGUACCUGCUGAGCUUAAGAACUCACCCCGAGGACAUUUACCUGGGGAGGGUGGUCCAUCAAGAGAUGCCCAACAGAGAGCCAGGGAGUCGCGGCUUUGUCCCUCUCCAAAAGUACCCCGAGAAGUUUUACCCCGACUACUGCAGUGCGACAGCGUUCGUCAUUUCACAGGAUGUGGCUCGGAAGAUCUACGUCACGUCCGGGGAGGUCCCUCUUUCACUGCCUCCUGGUGUCUUCGUUGGAAUCUGUACAAGGAAUGCUGGCGUGGUGCCCGUUCACAGCUCUCGGUUUUCCGGGAAGAGGCACAUCCGCUACAACCGAUGCUGCUACAAGUUCAUUUUCACCUCGUCCGUGCUGAGAGAUGGCCAGCUGGCCCAAGAAUGGGAGGAGAUGAGUACCAGCAAAGACUGCACGUUACUGGAAACCUACUAUGGGCUGGUCUCUUGCAAGGUCAUGACUUACCUGGAUGGAUUUAAACACAUGAGUGUCGACGCCCUUCAGAACGAGGCUCUCCAUUUGUCUGAUUAAGUGUUGAUUUGAACAGAGUUGACCAAAGGAAUUAGAAUGAUCUCAGAUUUGAUCCACAAUGGAUCUCCUGAUGCAUUGUUUAAAAGUAUGUAUGCAA